CCCCUCAGAAACUGGUCUAGCAAUUAUAAUGCGAAAGCCAGAGUCUAUGGGAAAAGAGGAGGGAGCAAACAAUAUUAACAAGAAGAAGAAGAUCAUAAUGAGCAAGCUUAGGAAGGGGUUGUGGUCGCCUGAGGAAGAUGAGAAGCUGAUGAGGUACAUGUUGACGAAUGGACAAGGAUGUUGGAGUGACAUUGCUAGAAAUGCUGGUCUCCAAAGGUGUGGAAAGAGUUGCCGUCUUCGAUGGAUUAACUACUUGAGGCCUGACCUCAAGCGUGGUGCAUUUUCACCCCAAGAGGAAGAACUUAUCGUCCAUUUCCAUUCAAUUCUUGGCAACAGGUGGUCACAGAUUGCUGCACGUCUUCCAGGACGAACGGACAAUGAAAUAAAAAACUUUUGGAAUUCUGCAUUAAAGAAAAGGUUGAAAAAGAACAAUAUUUCCACGUCCUUAUCAUCACCAAACGAUAGUGAUUCAUCAGAACCUAGAGAUGUCAACAUUACUGGAGGAACGUUUAUGCCCAUGCAUGACCCUGACAUGAUGACCAUGACCAUGUACAACAUAGAUUCAUCUUCCUCAUCAUCUGCAUCCAUGCAAGCCAUGUUCGUCAACAGCAACACAUUAUUCGAUCCCCUCUCCAUGCUUGACCAUCGCUAUGACAUGGCCCAUGCAGAUGCUACACUGAACGUUAAUCCCACAUGCUUAGCAAACUUACCAAAUAUUGGAGACCAGGGGUAUUGUGGGGAUUAUGGAAACUUAGGGGCUGGCCAUAAAAUGGGGUUAGAAGGUGACCUUUGUGUUCCUGCACUUGAGAGUAGAAGCGUCGAGAGUAAUAUUAAUGGUCAAGUAGCUGAGAAUGUAAGCAAGACUAUUAUUAACAACCACUUCCAUAAUAAUUGCUUCAACAGCACGACGGAAAUGAUCGGGUUUAAAGUAGAUGAGGACAUGCUUGGGUUUGGAAAUAAUGGGCAGGGAGAAAACUUGAGAAUGGGAGAAUGGGAUUUUGAGGGUUUCAUGCAAGAUAUAUCCUCCUUUCUCUCUUAGUCCAAGCCAUUUUGCAAAGCAAAUUUUGGCAUACAUCAUUUCCUUCUUUACCAAAUUCAAACAACCCUCUUUUUGGUACAUGCAUGCAAUAAUAUAUCUCAUCGUUCGUUUAGAGAUCAGAAGUGUCAAUAGUGAUGUAGAAAAUAGAAUAAGACAUGAGGAAUAUUUGUAAUUUGUUAAUUGUUUUG